AUGGAAGAGUUCUCGAUGAAUGAAGAUAUUUCAAGAGGGGAAGUGCUAUUGCAUGCGCUUGACUAUUUCAGGGUAAAUCACUUCCCUUUUUUGCCUCCACCCCCACCAAAGUGGGGCUUCCCCAGUAACUCACUGGUGAAGAAUCUGCCUGCGAUGCAGGAGACACGGGAGAUCCGGAUUCAAUCCCUGGGUCGGGAAGAUCCGCUGGAGAAGGAAAUGGCUACCCACUUCAGUAUUCUUGCCUGGAGAAUCCCAUGGACAGAGAAGCCUGGUGGGCUAUUGUCCAUGGGGUCACAAAGAGUCAGACAGGACUGA